UGUACAUAUCACGUGAUCAAGUUAAGAUGGCGUUUUGUUGUUGUUGUCAGCUGAUUUGCGAGAAAACAGAAAAUUGUUAUUUGAAAAUGAAUUAAAAGAAGUUUUUUUUGCUAAAAAUUAAAAUGUCAGACAAACGAAAAGUCCUCGUAGCCAAACGAAAAAAUGAGAGGAAUCCUAAAAUUUUUCCGGAAAAAAUUGUUCAAGAGGAUAGUCAUUUAAAACAUGGAACGAAACGUACCAUUAGUGUUACGCCGAAAAAGAACAUAGCUAAUGAAAGGUUAAAGAGGCUUAGGACUAGCUUAAAUGAAGAAGUUUCAAAAUCUGCUCAAUCUGUACCAAAAUUUAAAGACAAGAAUUGUGUGCGGAAACGACCAACUGAUUCAGUGCAACAUGAAGUGUCUACAAAACUGUUUAUUAAGGAAAGUGCCUCGAGUUCAGGGGAAUGUUCGAACAGUGAACCUGGAACUCCUUUCAUUUUUAAAGAAGAGUUUCUAACACAAACGAAUGUGUUUACCACUGAAUCUCCAAAUCCAUUUGCUGUUGGCUUUCAACAGACAGCAGUUGUUUCAGAAGAGGAUAUGGAAUGGUGUCCUACUGAUAUUGAGGAGUCCAAAAGCACAAGUGAUAAUACUUUAAAUUCACAAAUUACGAGUUCUUGUCAGUUUUAUAUUGUGGUUGACACGAAUAUAUUCUUAUCAGAGCUGAAUAUAAUUGCUAACAUUGUUACAUUAGCUGUUAAAGGACCCAGGGAGCCAGUCAUUUUCAUUCCCUGGAUUGUUACAGAAGAGUUAGACUUUAUAAAGGGCGAUUCAAACAAACGUAGCCUCAGACAGAAAGCUCAAGAUGCCAUCAAGUUAAUAGAAAAAACUAUGAGUAGUAAACAUAAUAGAAUGAAAGGGCAGACACUAAUGGAAGCUAAUGAACAGGAAAGUGUAGGUGCAAAUCAAGAUAACAAAAUAAUUGCUUGCUGUAUGCAAGUUUUAGAAAAAUAUGAAAAUAUGGUUCUCCUCACAAAUGACAUUAAUUUAAAAAACAAAGCCCAUUUCAAUAAAAUUCCCGUAUGCUCAUCUAAAGAAAUAAUGUUUAAAAUACAAAAAAUGCAGAAUAAUAUUCCGCUUUCUCAAGAAAUAAUGCCAAAAACGCAGAAUAAAUCAGCGACUAUUUUAAAUAUCAUGACAUGUUUAUGUAAUACUGUAAUUCGUGAAUGCGCUAAAAAUGCCUAUGGAGAAGCCUGUAACAGAAUGCCAAUAUGUCAGCCAUCAUCAAAGACUUUAACUGAAUGCAUCGCUACAUUUACAAAAUACUGGUUUCCUGUGUUUCAAGAAGUAGUAAUGAAACAGUGUAAGAAUGCCAUAGAAGAUCUUUCAGCCUUUCUAUCACAGCACACAACUAUAAAUGAUACCUCAAAAGAAUUAAAUGACCUCAUAAGACUUUGUCUAAGAGUUUGUCUAUUUUUGAAGGACGUCGAGUGCUGUAAAAUUAUGACCGAGAAUACGAUACGGGAUUUAAACAGUCUUAAAAAUUCUUAGCGUUUUCUGCAAAAUCUUUCUUUAAAAUUAUAUAAAAAUUUGUUUAACUAUUAUCUCCACGGUGUAAUCCGUUCAGGAAUAAACUAUUGUAUUAUGUUUGUUAAAAAAAUGUUUUAUUUGAAAUUC